AAAAUUAUAUUUGAUAACUUUUAACUUUGACUAGUUUGGAAAUAAUGCUUGGAACAUUCUCAUCAAGCCUACGUUCUACUAAUUUUUUGACAAAAUUUGGAGGAAAUAAUUUUUCUCAAUUAUAUAGAAAGAUGUGUGAUAAACCAAAAGUGUUUGUAACUCGAAGUGAUAUUCCAAAUGAUGCAAUUGAGUUAUUAAAAACAAGCUGUGACGUCACCGUUUGGAAUAAGUUGGAAACUGUUCCUAUUAAUAGCUUAGUGGAAAAUAUUAAAGAUAAAGAUGCUUUAUUUUGUGUAUUAAAUGAUCAAAUUUCAAGCCAAGUUUUGGAUAAAGCUCCAAAGCUAAAGGUAAUCGGUACCAUGUCUGUGGGCUACGAUCAUUUGGACGUAGAUGCAAUUAAAAAACGUAAUAUUCGUAUUGGAUACACACCUAACAUACUAUCAGAUGCAACCGCGGAAUUAACAGUCGCUUUAUUGUUAACGACAUCUCGGCGAAUUAUUGAAGCGAAUAAUGCAGCUAAAACUGGUGAGUGGAAAUCAUGGGCACCGGUUUGGAUGUGUGGACCAGGUUUAAAAAAUAAAACUGUGGGUUUGGUAGGAUUUGGACGUAUUGCCCAACAAGUUGGACGUAUAAUAAAAUCAUUUAAUAUUUCUAAACUUAUAUAUUUUAAUCGAUCAGAACGUAAGAGCGAAGCAUGUGAAAUUGGCGCUGUUCGAGUUGAUUUUGAUACAUUAUUAAAGGAGAGUGAUUUUGUAAUUGUUACUUGUGCGCUUGCUCCAGAAACAAAAGGAUUGUUUUCGACAGAAGCGUUUAAAAAAAUGAAGCCAACUGCUAUUCUUAUUAACACAAGCCGUGGUCAAGUUAUUGACCAAGACGCCUUAGUUGAAGCAUUGGAGAAUAAACAAAUUUAUGGAGCGGGACUCGACGUUAUGUAUCCCGAACCUUUGCCUUUAUCAAACCCUCUUUUAAAAUUAAACAAUUGUGUAAUUUUACCCCAUAUUGGGAGUGCUGCAAUUGAAACACGGCAAGAAAUGGCUUUAAUAACAGCUCAAAAUAUUUUAGCUGUUUUAAAUGACAAAGAGAUGCCUGCUGAAUUAAAGCUAUAAAAUUUUAAUAUUGAGGAAAACCACUCAGUGUAAAUAUUUAAUUUUUAUAACUUUCUGUGACAAAAAGCUUCAUAUUUCAGAUAAAUAUUCCCUCAUAAUCUGAAAUUGUAUAUUGUAAAAGUGCGUUUUCUUUUUAGACAAAAUAGUCUCAAAAUUUUAACUUUUUAACUUGAAACAAGCCUUUGUCUACUUUUCAAAAUAAGAGAUGAUUACUUGAUUUAGAAUCACACUAACUUUCAGAACAAGUUGUUGUGAGUGGUAGUGAAUUUACUGAGAUCAAAGAAAGCAAUGUUUCUUCGGUUUGCCUCUCAACAUCGCUUGCAUUUGUUAGUUUAAGUUCAGGAAAGUAUUUUGUUUGAAGUGAAUAAGCCCCUUA